CCAGCCCUCCGCGCGGUGCGCUCCGCGAGACAUGGAAUGGGUUCCGCACUUUGACUGAAGCCGAAGUUGCUUCAGCGUGAAGGCUGGGCACUGGGAGGGAAGACCUGAGGGCCCCGUAGUGGUUGAGAAGACAGUGUCCAUUUCUUUUCACUUAUGGCUGCAUAGCAGCGAGCGCGGUAAUACGCCUUGGACUCAGUGGAAGGAAAGGUUCUAAAUUUUAAGUCGCCCGGCGGUUUUCGUGUGUCAGUUGUGCGGGCGCCAUGGAGAUGCAGAGGUGGUCCUCGAGGUGGAAGACGAAAAGGUGGCGUGUGGUGGAUACCACCGUAACCACACUCGUCGCUCUCACAGUCCUUCUUCUCCAGGCUCAACAUGUCUCAGCAGCUGAACCUGUCGAUGUCCUGAAAGUGCUAGAAUUUCACAACUUACCUGAAGGAAUCAAGAAAACGUCAGGCUUUUGUGUGAACAGAAAAACAUCGCGACCGGACACCGCCUUCAGGGUGGGGAAGGAGGCACAGCUCAGCGCACCCACCAAGCAGCUUUUCCCAGGAGUCUUCCCUGAAGAUUUCUCUGUCCUUAUGACCAUCAAACCCAAGGCGGGUAUGCAGUCAUUCCUGCUGUCGGUGUACAAUGAGCAAGGCGUGCAACAGCUGGGGAUUGAGGUGGGCCGAUCCCCAGUCUUCCUGUAUGAGGACCAGCAUGGCAAACCUGCUCCUGAGGACUAUCCCCUGUUCCGGUCUAUCGACAUUGCUGAUGGGAAGUGGCAUCGAGUGGCCAUCAGUGUCCACAGGAAGACCGCAACCAUCAUUGUUGACUGCAAGAAGAAAGUGUCAAAGCCUCUGCUGAGAAGUGACCGUCCGGUCAUUAGCACAAACGGCAUUACCGUGUUUGGCACUAGGAUCCUAGAUGAAGAAGUAUUUGAGGGUGAUAUUCAGCAACUUCUGAUCGUGGCUGAUCCCAGAGCAGCUAAUGACUACUGUGAACACUACAGCCCAGACUGUGAAACUUCCUUUCGCGACACACCCCAGGCUCAGGAACCCGAGGAAGAGUACACUACUUAUGAUUUAGAAUUCACUGAAUUCUAUGACUAUGAUGAAGAAUCUGAAACUGCAGCUCCCCCAACAGAAGAGGCUUAUGCUGAACCUGAGCUAACCAAUGUAGAUGGAGAAUAUUAUACUGAGAGUGAAACCGACUACGGCACUGUAGAAGGUUAUCAGACUCAGUCCCCCAUUGAAACAGCUGGACCAGACAAGAGUAAGGCUUUUGAAGAGCACAUUAUUGAUGACUAUAUUACUGGAGUGGAUGAGGUCGGUGUGGAGCCUACCAUUGCCACAGAAACUAUGGAAACCAAGGAAACAGUGGACCUUGGGUUCAGUUCAUAUGACUUUGGGGAGUAUGACCUGAAGGAGUAUGAAACUAAAGAGUUUUAUAAGAAACCAUAUCAGUAUGGAGACUAUGAGUAUGGUCCAAAUGAGCCAAAGCCCACCGAGGACACACCAAAGGAAGACUUUGGGCCCGCUGACAAUGUCUUUAGAGAAAAUGAUGUUGGGGGUGGCGGAAGCUACUUCGGGGAAAAAGGAGAGAAAGGCGAACCAGCUGUCAUUGAACCUGGAAUGCUUAUAGAAGGACCCCCAGGACCACCAGGACCCACUGGUCUUCCAGGCCCCUCUGGUCUGCAGGGCCCCCCUGGCCCAGCUGGAGACCCAGGAGAAAGGGGUCCUGCAGGACGAGCUGGCCUUCCAGGAGCUGACGGCCUACCUGGUCCACCAGGAACCAUGCUGAUGCUGCCUUUCCGCUACGGAGGAGAUUCCUCCAAGGGACCCGUGGUGUCUGCUCAGGAAGCCCAGGCUCAAGCCAUUCUGUCUCAGGCCCGGCUUGCCAUGCGGGGCCCACCAGGUCCAGUGGGUCUCACAGGAAGAUCUGGGCCCAUGGGUGGACCAGGAGCUCCUGGCCUCAAAGGUGACUCCGGAGAUCCUGGACCUCCAGGCCCAAGGGGUGCUCAAGGUCAAUCAGGACUCCCUGGAAAAGCAGGAAAAGGGGGUCGCCCUGGAGCAGAUGGAUCCCGAGGAAUGCCUGGAGAACCUGGGGCCAAGGGUGACAGAGGGUUCGAUGGACUUCCAGGCCUGCCGGGGGAGAAGGGACAUAGGGGGGAAGGAGGUCCACCCGGACCCCCUGGACCUCCAGGAGACGACGGCCAGAGAGGCGAGGAUGGUGAGAUCGGGCCCAGAGGCCUCCCGGGGGAGAGUGGUCCAAGAGGGCUGCUUGGUCCCAGAGGAUCUACUGGUCCCCCUGGACAACCUGGUAUUGCUGGUGUGGAUGGUCCUGCUGGUCCUAAAGGGAACAUGGGACCCUCAGGAGAACCAGGACCUCCUGGCCAACAGGGUAUCCCAGGGGCUCAGGGUCUUCCUGGUCCCCAGGGUCCCAUUGGACCACCCGGUGAAAAAGGCCCCCAGGGUAAACAAGGGCUGGCUGGUCUUGGUGGAGCUGAUGGACCCCCUGGUCACCCGGGGAAAGAAGGACCACCGGGAGAGAAGGGCACAGUGGGACACCCUGGUCCACAAGGCCCGAUUGGCUACCCAGGCCCUCGCGGAGUAAAGGGUGCCGAUGGCGUCCGUGGCCUUAAGGGUGGCAAAGGUGAAAAGGGCGAGGAUGGGUUCCCUGGUUUCAAGGGUGACAUGGGUCUUAAAGGCGAUCGAGGUGAGCCUGGUGUGCUGGGGCCACGGGGUGAGGACGGACCUGAAGGUCCAAAGGGUCGUUCGGGCCCCUCCGGAGAGUCUGGUCCGUCAGGCCUGGCUGGUGAGAAGGGAAAACUGGGUGUUCCAGGAUUACCUGGCUACCCUGGAAGACAAGGGCCAAAGGGUUCGACUGGCUUUCCAGGAUUCCCGGGGGCUAACGGAGAGAAAGGGACCAGGGGAACUGCAGGGAAAUCGGGUCCCAGGGGACAGAGAGGCCCAACGGGUCCACGUGGUGGACGGGGUGCCAGGGGUCCAACAGGAAAACCUGGUCCCAAGGGCACAUCAGGCAACGAUGGACCCCCUGGUGGACCCGGUGAAAGGGGACCCCAAGGACCCCAAGGACCAGUCGGAUUCCCGGGACCAAAAGGCCCCCCAGGACCACCUGGCAAGGAUGGACUGCCUGGUCACCCAGGACAGCGAGGAGAGACUGGAUUUCAAGGGAAGACUGGACCUCCGGGUCCUGGUGGCGUUGUGGGCCCUCAAGGUCCUACUGGAGAGACUGGUCCCAUUGGGGAGAGAGGACACCCAGGUUCACCUGGUCCCCCUGGAGAGCAGGGUCUUCCUGGUGCAGCAGGAAAAGAGGGUGCGAAGGGGGACCCUGGACCUCAAGGAGUCUCUGGGAAAGUUGGGCCUUCUGGACUGAGGGGGUUUGCUGGAGAGAGAGGUCUACCUGGAGCUGCAGGUCCGGCUGGCUUGAAAGGAGGAGAGGGUCCACAGGGUCCUCCUGGUCCGAUUGGAUCCCCAGGGGAGAGAGGUGCAGCAGGACCUGCAGGACCUAUUGGCCUCUCUGGUCGCACAGGACCCCAGGGACCCCCAGGCCCGGCUGGAGAGAAGGGAGCCCCGGGUGAGAAAGGACCUAUGGGACCAGCAGGCCGGGAUGGCAUACAGGGACCAGUUGGCCUCCCUGGACCUGCAGGACCCCAGGGACCACCUGGAGAGGAUGGCGAUAAGGGGGAGAUCGGAGAACCAGGCCAAAAGGGAAGCAAGGCAGACAAGGGAGAGCAAGGUCCACCAGGUCCAGCUGGUCCUCGGGGUCAAAUAGGACAACCCGGUCCUGCUGGUGGUGAUGGGGAACCUGGGCCCAGGGGGCAGCAGGGCAUGUUUGGUCAAAAAGGAGAUGAAGGGCCCCGGGGCUUUCCCGGUCUCCCAGGCCCCAUCGGACUCCAGGGUCUUCCUGGGCCUCCAGGUGAGAAGGGUGAGAAUGGAGACGUUGGUCCAAUGGGUCCCCCUGGUCCUCCAGGUCCAAGAGGACCCCAAGGCCCAAGUGGAGCAGAUGGUGCACCAGGUCCCCCAGGAGGAGUGGGCACCAUGGGAGGUGUGGGAGAGAAGGGAGAAAAUGGUGAGGCUGGUAACCCAGGACCACCUGGAGAACCAGGAACUGGAGGGCCUAAAGGGGAGAGGGGCGAGAAGGGAGAAGCAGGACCACCUGGAGCUGCUGGGCCAGCUGGUCCCAAGGGACCCCCUGGUGAAGAUGGCCCCAAGGGUAACCCUGGUCCAGUUGGAUUUCCUGGAGACCCAGGUCCCCCUGGUGAGCCAGGAAUCGCUGGCACUGAUGGCACGUCAGGUGAGAAGGGAGAAAACGGAGAGCCUGGUCAGCCUGGUCCAGCUGGUCCAUCUGGAGAAGCAGGGCCGCCUGGACCUCCUGGAAAGCGAGGUCCCACUGGAAUGGCUGGAGCUGAGGGCAGGCAAGGAGAGAAGGGUGCAAAGGGUGAAGCUGGUGCAGAGGGACCACCAGGAAAAACGGGGCCUGUUGGACCCCAGGGUCCCCCUGGAAAGCCUGGUGCAGAGGGUCUACGUGGAAUCCCUGGGCCUGUUGGAGAACAAGGACUUCCUGGGUCCCCUGGGCAAGAUGGCCCUCCUGGCCCAUUGGGCCCCCCUGGACUUCCAGGCCUGAAAGGUGACCCUGGCUCAAAGGGUGAAAAGGGUCACCCAGGUCUGAUUGGUCUGAUUGGCCCCCCCGGAGAGCAGGGCGAGAAGGGAGACCAAGGUUUGCCAGGCCCACAAGGUCCUGCUGGGACCAAGGGUGAUGGUGGUAUCGGUGGUCCUUCAGGUCCUCUUGGUCCUCCUGGACCCCCUGGCUUGCCUGGUCCCCAAGGUUCGAAGGGUUCCAAAGGAUCCACUGGUCCUGCCGGUCAGAAGGGAGACACAGGGAUCAUUGGGCCACCUGGUCCACCAGGUCCACCAGGUGACAUCAUCCAGCCCCUGCCCAUCCGGUCCCCGAAGAAAACCAGGCGCUCCUCUGAUGUCCAGGGUGACGAGGCAAUGAUGGAUUAUGGUGAAGGCAUGGAAGACAUCUUCAGCUCUCUCAACAACCUCAAGCAAGAUAUUGAGCGCAUGAAGUUCCCCAUGGGUACACAGGACAACCCUGCCAGGACCUGCAAAGACCUCCAGCUCAGUCAGCCUGACUUCCCUGAUGGUGAAUACUGGAUUGAUCCCAACCAGGGCUGUCCAGGAGAUUCUUUCAAAGUGUUCUGUAGCUUCACCUCAGGUGGUGAGACCUGCAUUUACCCUGAUAAGAAAUCCACUGGUGUGCGAUUAUCUUCCUGGCCAAAAGAAGCCCCAGGAUCAUGGUUUAGUGAAUUUAAACGUGGUAAAAUACUCUCCUACAUGGAUCUUGAAGAGAACGCAGUAAACAUGGUCCAGAUGACCUUCCUGAAGUUACUAAGUGCCUCAGCUCGACAGAACUUCACCUACAACUGCCACCAGUCUGUUGCCUGGCAUGAUGCCAAGACUAAUAGUUACGACAAAGCUCUGCGGUUCCUGGGCUCCAAUGAGGAGGAAAUGUCUCAUGAUAACAACCCUUAUAUUCACGCACUCUCGGAUGGCUGUGCUCUGAGGCAGGGCUUCGGAAAGACUGUAAUGGAGAUCAACACCCCAAAAAUUGACCAAGUGCCCAUCAUCGACGUGAUGUUGAAUGACUUUGGUGAUCCAAACCAGAGAUUUGGUUUUGAGGUUGGACCAGUCUGCUUCAUGGGCUAGAUUUGGCAAAGGGAUAGACCGGCAGUGCGUAGGCAAGGCACUGUACCAUCAGAGCUCUCCACACGUCUCAAAAGCUUCCAGUAAGAAUGGUGUAGAGAAUAUGCCUUGCCAUGUAUGUAUGUGUUAUUUAGAAAAUACUUGUUGCCCUUGUGGGGCCAGAAUCACAUGACUUAAACCUGUUUUGGAAGAUCAUGAAGGACAUUGGCUGUUGUGGCAGAGAAUGGUGCACUGGCAAUAACAAAGAGGUCCUCCAAACAGUGGAAUCCGCGGACUCAUUCCCCAUCUUUUUGGAUUCUCCAAUUGCUGUACAAGACACAGCUACAAAGGUGCUUCUGAACACAGAAAAUAAGGUGCUAAGCAGGUUUAUUUGAUAAACUGUAAUUAUUGUUUUAUACAAUGAUGUUGUCCUGAAUCCACUUCAGUGUUAAAUUUUUUAAUUAUAUAUAAAUAUGUUAACAUACCAUUUCGGACUGAAUAGUGUCUACCAUUAAUUAAGAAAACACUAGUGUUCUAAGUCAACAGCCCCCUAUUCUAAAUUCUAAUAUAUUAAUAUAUUUCCUUUGUAUAUAUUGACCACCAAAAAUGUGUGCAUGUUUUGCAGUUACCAUGAAGAUGUUUCAGGGCCUUUGUGCUGGUUUUGUUUUAUCAUCCAAGCCAACACACAAGAAGCAAUAAUGAGAUGACAGCAGUGCUAUAACAUUUUGUACUGAAUAUUUGAGAAAUAGUGCGUCAGGUCAUUUUCUUUCCGGUGGUAUACCUCAGUCAAUCUAAAUAAAUGUUCAGAUGCAAGGAUGUUAUGCUCUGUACGUAGCCUACCUUGAUGAAACAGUUAUAUAUAUUUGGGGUGAAGUUUUCUUAAAGAAAUCCUUUUUAGGCAUUUUCUUGAAUGCGUUGAUUAGUCCUUUUAGAUAACCCAUUUUUGUAUCUCAAACAAAAAAAUGUUUUAAUGUGCUUUUUAUGGUUUAUUCACAAUAUUAAAACUGGAUUCUAAACAACAGAGAUUCAAUUGUGUGCAUUGUUUACUUUCUAUUUUAAAGUGCACUUAAGAAUAUGUAAAACUUCUUAUUUUUUGUUUACAGUUUAUUUACAGUUAAUUGAUUUCUUGCACUUUUACUAAUGCCUUUAAUUGCAUAAUAUGUCUAGGUCAUGUGAUUCUGCCUUACAACGGAGCAGACCAUCUUCUUCAGAGUUUCCUGCUAUUGACCCAAAUUUAUUCAAAAAUUCUCAUUCUAAAUUUAAAGUACUUGCCGCUGGAGCAGAAAAAAAUCUUCUGUGUAUCAUUUUCCAUAACAUAUGUAAGACUUGAAAUAAAUGUUUUGUGUUUGCUUGAUACAUGGUAAAAUUAAUUUGGCAGUGUGGGGAUCUUAUGUUAUCUAUUUCUG